AAAGUUAUUAAUGGUCAACUAUUUUUUGGUCUAUAACCUCUGAGGAAAGAGAAACGUUACAAUCCGCGUCUGGAAUGACCAAAAUGUGAGACUGAGCUUCAAUGACGGGCCGGCAUCGAUGGGAAUAGUAAGCGCGGAAAUGGUCGGAGUUGUGUGCUGUCUGUGGUAGUAAAACCCAAACUAUAAUUAAUUGUAGUAACACAGUCUACUCCUUCCCAAAAAAAAGGCAUUUGGGGUUUCUUGCAUAUCAACUAUCAAAAGAACGCACUGGAUGAACGAACUACGUAUACUACUUUAAGUUAAGUAGCACUUAGUAGUAAUUAAAAAUGAGUAUGAGGCUAAACCACCCAAAACCCAAAAAAGGGUCAACGGUCAAAGUCGCCGAUUUUACACCCUCCCUCCCCCCACGGCCGCGGGGGGUCAAGUCUUUAUUGUACUACUUCCUCCCCAAGCUUCUUCUCUUCUCUACGCAUAUCAAACAAGUACUAGUAUGAUUCUCUUCAACGCAUAUCAAACAUUACUGGGUCUAUCGUCAACGAUAAAUAGGACCGAAACCAACGCAUACAAUUGCGUGCGUUGCGUACUGAUAAUAUUGGGUUUGGAGUUGGACGGCGGUAUAGCUUUCAGCUGAGCCUCCAACCAUUCAUCAUCACCUUCAGCUUUGUCCUGUCAAGUGUCAUCAUGGAAAGGCAAACGAAUAGCACUACUACUGCUUGUGGGAGUCAGAACCGUGGUUCCCCGUUUAAAGACUCCUCGUCCUUCCGCCUUCGGUCCCCCUGUCUCAACUCCCUGCGCCUUCGCCGGAUCUUUGAUCUCUUUGAUAAGAACAAGGACAGCAUAAUCUCCGCGGAGGAGCUCACCCAAGCACUCAACCUCCUCGGCUUGGACGCCCGUCUCUGCGACUUAGACUCUACGCUCCGCUCCUACAUCCAACCAGGCCAAGCUGGCCUCACGUUCCAAGACUUCGACGCCUUGCACCGCUCGCUCCAUGACGUGUUUUUCGGCCUGCAGGACCAGGACGACGCCGAUUCUACCUCCCCUCCCAGUAGCUGUAAAGAGGAAGAGGAAGCGCGGCAGCAGGAGGAGUCUGAUCUUUCCGAGGCAUUCAAGGUGUUUGAUGAGGACGGAGACGGUUACAUAUCGGCCAGGGAGCUGCAAGUGGUGCUGGGGAAGCUGGGGUUGCAGGAGGAGGCCCGGGAGAUGGAUAGAGUCCAGAUGAUGAUCUCCAGCGUCGACCUCAAUCACGAUGGCCUUGUUGACUUUUUUGAGUUCAAGGAUAUGAUGCGUAGUAUCAUCGUCCGAUCCGCUUAGCCGCUACUCCCAUGCCUCCUGCUACUUUUUUUUGUUUUUGUUUUUGUUUUUUCCUUUCCUUUUUUUCAUCAUCAAUCUAUUAAUCCAGGGGUUCCAUGCUUGUGCCAUGUACAGGAGUCCAUCACUUUGUGCUGUUUAAUCACCGCAGCCUUUAUUUUUUGUUUUUGGGAUAAUUUCAGAAACCUUUCCUGAGGUUUCAAAUAAUUAAUGUUACUUGGCUCCCUGAGGUGUUAAAAAUAACACUUACCUCCCCUGCCAAUUUAA